AUGCCUGGAUGUGAGAGCAAGGGCUUCAAGGGCAGAAUACUGACAGAGGCCUCCAUCAACACGCGGCCUGCCAGACUGGUUUGCGAUUUCGGAGACUCGGGAGCAUCCUCCUGUGCUGAUGAGGAACUGGCUGAGUUAAGGGAGUACAAUACGCCCUCGGGGUUGUCCUGCGAUGGCUCUACAACUACUCCCCCGGUACUGGCUGCGUACAGCACUGGAUCAGAAACGGUGACAUCAGAGGACUUGUCGGCAGCGCAGGUGCCGUGGCCAUUGAAGCUUCUCCCGCCCAAGAGCUCCACUGCUAGACCAGACGCAGCUGCCACAAUGCGCAGGUUGACUGCCGAAGCCAAGGCCAAAGCAGCCAAGGCGUCCCAGCAGCGCAGCAUGCAGCAGCGCAGCAUGUCGCAGCCAUGCCGUGGCCACCCGCCAGCCAGAAACACCCAAGCAAGGACUGCACAGCCCAAGCGUGCAUCAAAUGCAAAGCCUGUUCGCAAAGCAGAGCCCAAACCAGCACCCCCUCGAUCUUCGAGCAAAGCACGGGUGAAAGAUGUUUCCACACAAACGGCCGAGAAGCCAUGCAACCAGAAGCAGGGCAAAGUGGACGCCUCCAGGGCCCGUAAGUGUGGCAAGGCUCCACCAAGAAGCGCUCGGCCCAAGACUCCACGUGGCCGAGGGCCUCGGGCUGGCAGCGCAAUCGGCGCCAGAGCUUCGAGGCCUCGGACCACGCGGCCGUGCAAGAUGAACCGGUCCUUCUCGGCGCCCACCAUUUCCGCGACGCAGAAAUCCAAAGCCGCUGAUGCUCUCAGGCGCUCGCAGUCGGCAGGGCCACUCUGUCAUCGGCGGUGCGUAGCUUGUUUGGUGGCUGAGCUCCGCUCGAUGUCUUGGCCUCCUUUGCGCCCAGGCACCUGCGUUUGCUCUGCGAGACGAAAACCUUCCAGAAAAGCCGAAUGUCGAAGCCGGUCGCGGCGCAUAGAGAAAACGGCAGAGAAUGAGAAGGACGCCGAAAAAGUUCUGGAGCCACAAGAGCUGAUACCAUGGAGCUCUCCUCAGGAAUUGAUAGCACUGGGCCAGCUCAUGCAGCUCAGGCAGGCCGCGUGCCUAGAUGGAGCGGUGCAAACCGACUACUGUGAACUUGCGGGCCCUCGGCCUUCCAGCGCACAGCAUCAUGCAACAAAUUCGGAAUUCAAGGGGAUUUUUGCGCAGCAGAUGCCACAGAUAGAGGACCUGUCCGUCUCUGCAGACAGCGUGGAUCGGAGAUUGCCAUGCAUUCCACUUUCCUGGACGUGCAUCCAUGAGUUUACUCGGAUGCGGCAAUUUGCCUUGACUGGCAUGCUCCCAAGCCCGCCAUCGAUGGUGGGACAAGAGAUUGCCACCUCCGGUAAUCGAACCGUAGCCACGCUCACGCAGGUGCCUGCGCCUGUGGUGGAGGUGAAAGUCAAACGCAAGACGCAGCCGGCGCAGGUCGCCCGAGAUGCCGAUUCCUUCUAUGUACAGGAUUGCAGACAGGUGCAGAACAACACUCAUACCAUCCAGACGCUGACUGGACAGAUUUCUCGCUUGGUUGGUACGAUGGAGGCUGAGAAGGAUUUCCAGCACUGCCGAAAAAUGGUGGAUGACGCAGUGCGCCAGGCUUCGGAGACCAAGGCGAUCCUAGCACGGAUCCGAGAACACCAGCAUCAGGCGCAGAACACAGCUGAGCGCAACAACCGCCGCAUGAUGUAUCAGAAGCUUUCGGACAAUUUGGCCAUCACCGCGCGCGUUCUGGAGGACGUGGUGAGGCGCUUCACUGCAGAGGAGCGCCGGCGCGUGGGCAGCACUGGGGUGUUCGAGGCCCCAGGCAUUGCAGCAGCGGAUGUUGCUGGGGGCAAUGACCAAAAGCCUCUGCUCUCUACUGGCGGAGAUCAAAUGGAGGCGGCCUUGCAGACGGACAAAGUGCAGACUCUGCGGAAGGUGGAUGAGGAUAUGCUCUGCCUGCAGCGCAUCUACACAGAUCUCGCCACAGCUGCCGAAGAACAAGCUUCCAGCUUUGAUACGUUGGAGAGCCACAUGGCUCGGGCCUCUGCAGACAUCGAGCGGGGCCGCGAGGAGAUCGAGUACACCGAGAGAUACAACUUCAGCGCAAGGCUGAAGCGCAG